AUGCGUGGCCCAGCUCGAGCCCUCAUGGCUGGGUACGGCACCACCACGUCGUCCCUGGAGAUGGACGGGAGAUUGGUCUGGCCCCCGAACAGCACUUUGGACCUGAACCAGACCAGGCCGGGUUGGGUGAGCCCGGAGAUCUCUGUGGCAGCUUUCGGAGAGGCUUUCGAUAAUUUCACGCAGGAGGCGGUGACGAGCAGCGCGCUGAAAGAGAAAAACUGGCCGGCCCUGCUGAUCCUCGUCAUCAUCGCGCUGACGAUCGGAGGGAAUAUUCUGGUGAUUUUGGCGGUUUCGUUGGAGAAAAAACUACAGAACGCCACUAACUUCUUCCUGAGGUCGCUGGCGGUGGCGGACAUGUUGGUCGGGAUCCUGGUGAUGCCCAUCUCCCUCAUCAACAUCCUCUACGAUUACGCCUGGCCCCUCCCACUCUCUCUCUGUCCCAUCUGGAUCUACCUGGACGUGCUCUUCUCCACGGCGUCCAUCAUGCACCUGUGCGCCAUCUCCCUCGAUCGCUAUGUGGCCAUCAGGAACCCCAUUGAGCACAGCCGCUUCAACUCCAGGACCAAAGCCAUGCUCAAGAUCGCAGCAGUGUGGACCAUCAGCAUAGGUGUGUCUAUGCCCAUCCCUGUGAUCGGGCUUCAUAAUGAGGACAAGGUGUUUGUGAACGGGAGCUGUGUCCUGAACGAGGAGAGGUUCAUGCUCAUCGGCUCCUUCGUCGCCUUCUUCAUCCCCCUCGUCAUCAUGGUGGUCACCUACUGCCUCACAAUACAGGUGCUCCAGAGACAGGCCACAGUCUUCUUGUCUGAGACCAGGAGCUCCUCUCAGCAGCCUCUUCAUCAGUCGGCCCUGACCUCCAGCCUGCAGCCCCCUCCCACCUUCUCCAUCCCCCAGAUCAACACCCUGGCCCCCCCAGAAGAUCUGAGGCCUUUGCCCCAGAGUCGGCGUAAUACCCUGGGCUGCCUGCGGGGGGCGGAUGGGGGCAGUAUCCUGAGGAGCAUCUCGGUGGCAGACAGCAUCAGCGUCCUCCCGUCCUCAGAGGGGGCGUCCCAGCUCUCCUCGCCCGCCACGGGGCACCCGCGGGGCAGCAGCAGCGAGGGGGGCAGCGGCCGCAAGGGCAUGAUGCAGGCCAUCAAGAACGAGAAGAGGGCGUCCAAGGUGCUGGGGAUAGUCUUCUUCCUCUUCCUCAUCAUGUGGUGUCCGUUCUUCAUCACAAACGUCACUUCAGUUUUGUGUCGGGAUUCGUGCGACGAGUCUCUCCUCCACGACCUCCUCAACGUCUUCGUGUGGGUGGGCUACAUCUCCUCCGGGGUCAACCCUCUGGUCUACACCCUCUUCAACAAGACCUACCGAAGAGCUUUCUCCAACUACAUCCGCUGCCGGUACCGAGCGGGAGCCAACAGCGCGGGGGGAAAGACGCUCCUGGUCCCGCCCCCUUGCCCGUCGCACUCCGUCACGCCCUUGCUCAUGGACGAAGGCGGGGUGGACCGUAAUAGUAACUGCAGGAACGGGCGGAAUAACGGGCGGCUGGCGUUGGAUCCCGAGGACACCACGGAUGACGGGACCCAGUUCGGGGGCGUCAGCGUUUCGGAAUGUCAAAACAUCGGCGUUCUCUCGGAAACCGAACCCGAGACGGAACUGGAGCCGGAGCUGUCAAUCAUCAGCUACGGCCCCGCCCACAGGGAACUGACCAGCACUAGCUCCGCCUCCAGAGAGCUCACCAGCGCCGUGUGA